UGGGGCGCGUCAGACGUUUGAAAGCAAUGCCUGAAAUAAAUAUCAGCCAUCUCGAUAAACAACAGGUUGAACUCCUGGCAGAGAUGUGCAUCGUCACUGAUGAGAACGACAAUAAAAUCGGAGCUGACACCAAGAAGAAUUGUCACCUCAAUGAAAACAUAGAGAAAGGAUUAUUGCAUCGAGCUUUCAGUGUCUUCUUGUUUAACACUGAGAAUAAGCUUCUGAUACAGCAGAGAUCAGAUGCAAAAAUUACCUUUCCAGGUUGUUUUACUAACACUUGUUGUAGUCAUCCCUUAAAUAAUCCAAAUGAGCUUGAAGAAAAUGAAGCCAUUGGUGUGAGAAGAGCAGCACAGAGGCGUUUAAAAGCUGAACUAGGCAUUCCCUUAGAAGAGGUGUCACCAGAAGAAAUUUAUUAUAUAACACGUUUUCACUACAAGGCACAGUCUGACAGUAUCUGGGGUGAAAAUGAAAUCGAUUACAUUUUGUUUGUGAGGAAGAAUGUAACUUUGAAUCCAGAUCCCAAUGAGAUUAAAAGCUAUCGUUAUGUGUCAAAGGAAGAACUAAAAGAACUUAUGGGAAAAGCAAACAGAGGUGAUAUUAAGAUAACUCCAUGGUUUAAGAUUAUUGUUGAAACUUUUCUUUUUAAAUGGUGGGAUAACUUGGAUCACUUGAGUCAGUUUGUGGAUCAUGAGAAAAUACAUAGAAUGUGAAUGUAUAGAUAACUAGUAGUGUCCUUACCUAAUGAAUUAGAAUUUUUUUUGUUGUAUUGACCUCCCUGUUAGGACAUGGAUACUUCACAUCCAAAAUUCAUGUGGAAAUACAACUGACUUAUAAUUUUGUAUUAUAUACCCCACAUACUUGUACUGCUAGUCGUUUAUAAGAGAUUGUUGCAAAAUGAAAAAGCAAAUAAAACUUAAUUUAUCCUGUUGAAGUAUCUGGUUAUGACAGACUUGAAGAAAUAAGUACAGCUCUUCACUUUUUCAACUUUUUCAGAGUACUAGUUUCCAGGUGCUUUCUGUAUCAGUACAUUUGUAUCAUAGUCCAGAAAAACAUGUAAAGAAAAGUAUAGCUACUUCAAAACAGUCCUAAUAGAUUAAAUGGCAGAGCAGAUUCAAAGGAAAUUAAAUGAUUUAAGAGUCAUCUUUCAGUAACCAUACAGGAUUGGUUUAGGAUUUCUUUCUUACCAAAAUUUGCAGAUACUAAAGUUCCUCAUAUAUAGUAAAGUGGUGUAAUAUUUGUAUAUAACCUAUGCACUUCUUCCUCUAUCCCUCAGAUUGUCUGUAGGUUACUUAUAAUAACAAAUACUAUGUACAUACUAUGAAAUGGUUACACUGUGUAGUUCAGAAAAUUAUAACAAGAACCCUGUACAUAUUUAGUACAGAUGCUUUGCCUUUUUCAGAUUAUUUUCAAUCCAUGGUUGGAUGCUUUUUAUUCACAGGUGAGAAGCCAUUUGUAAUUCUGAUUUCUAUCAUUCUAAAUGGAUUUUGUGGAAGUUAUCAUUAUGAUACUUAAAGUCAACCUUUUGAUAAUGAUGUCGGUUAGAUUGAAUCUUUUAAAUAGAAUUUUCCAGUUAGCAGAAUCUGCUUUCACAAUUACAGUGGACAGACAGAGUACUCAUAAAAUGGGAAUUAGGUUCCACUUUUUCAGCGUUAGCCUUCAGCAGUAUCAACAUUUGGUGUAUAUUAUUCUCUGUUGAGGGUGCUUUGUAGGAUGAGUGAGUAGCAGCAUCUCUGGACUCUACACACUAAAUAACAGUUUUCACCCUUCUGCAGUGACAACCAGAAUUACAUCAGAUAGCACCUCAUGUCUCCUAGAGGGCAGACUCGCCACUAGUUGAGAAGUCCUGGAAGCUGUUAAGGCUUAAUUGGGAGGUAAUAAUCAAGGACUUAUGUACAUGUUGAAUAAGUUUUCAUUGUAUAUGUGUAAAUUAAAUUAAUAUAUUGUACCCUGACUAAUGUGCUUUUUAAAACUUGCCAUAGGUUUCUCAAACUUGAAACCUUAAGGUAAUUUUCUUACCCUUAAACACUGUCUAAUAAUUGACAAUGAAAAAACAAGGCUAAAUGGUUGAUAGAAUCACAUCUUGUUAACACUGGAUGGUUAAUCUACAAUUGUAGAGAUGACUAUGUAGCAAGUAUUCAUUUCAUUGGAAAAUAAAAAUAUUAGAUUUCAA